GGUUGUUUCCCAUCUCGAACUCCUCGUUUCCGUCUCUCUUCGAACCCUCGUUUCUUCUUCCCGAUCGCGAUCUCCCAUGGCGCCGAAGGCCGACAAGAAGCCCGCGGAGAAGAAGCCCGCCUCCUCCGACAAGCCGGCCGAGGAGAAGGAGAAGAAAGCCGCCGCGGAGAAGGCCCCGGCGGAGAAGAAGCCCAAGGCCGGCAAGCGCCUCCCCUCCAAGGACGGGUCUGCCUCCGCCGACAAGAAGAAGAAGAAGGCGAAGAAAGGCACCGAGACUUACAAGAUCUACAUCUUCAAGGUUCUCAAGCAGGUCCACCCAGACAUAGGGAUCUCCAGUAAGGCCAUGUCCAUCAUGAACUCCUUCAUCAACGAUAUCUUUGAGAAGCUCGCCCAGGAAGCAUCCCGCCUCGCCCGCUACAACAAGAAGCCCACCAUCACGUCCCGCGAGAUUCAGACCUCCGUCCGUCUUGUCCUGCCUGGUGAACUCGCAAAGCAUGCUGUCUCCGAGGGUACCAAGGCAGUCACCAAGUUCACCAGUUCUUGAACUUAUGUAGGUUGAUUGGGUCUCCGUUGAUUCUGUCAGUGAUCUCGGUAUCUAUGGUUUCUUUUGUUGUUUCUGCCUUUAAUGCAUGUUCUACUGGUAGGUUGUUCAUCAUGUAAUAUAGCAUUUUCUGAUAUGCAAGCAAUGAGAUGAUGUGCUUCCAA